AAUAAAAGGAAGAUACUUUGCUAGAAUUAUAUCUAUUGAAAUCAAAAGACCGCUUAGAUGAGCUUACUUAGAUGAUUGAAACGAGAAGUUAAAACAAAUGGAAAGCAAUAAAGUUAAAGAGAGAAUUGUUCGAUGUUCCAUUGUAGGAGACAGUUUUGUUGGAAAAACUACUUUAAUCAAACAGUUCCUGGGAGAAGAAAGAACUGAUAGACCGACACCUACGGUAUUUGAUAACUUCGCUGGAAAUAUUCAUACUGAAGAUGGUUUCUAUACGGUCAGUAUUUUUGACACAACUGGACAACAUGACAUGGAUGGAUUACGUCACUUCCCGUAUGCCCAAAGCGAUACAAUUAUCGUCUGCUACUCUGUUAUUGACCGGGCAUCUUUUAACAACGUCUUACAGGUUUGGAUUCCAGAAAUUAAGGAAUACACACUGAAAGGCACACAAAUCGUUCUGGUAGCAACACAUUGUGACUUGAUUGAUAUCAAGUCUGAAGCUGGCAUACGGAGUGAAGGAAUGUCACUAGCAAAAAAGAUUGGUGCAUUUCGCUUUGUGGAAGCCUCAAUGUAUGAUUUCGAAAGUACAUCCGCACUUUUUGAGGCCAUUGUAAUGAAAAUUGUGAAAAGAGAGUAAAUAUUAUUUCGAAAUUAUUUAGAAGGUGAAAAAUUAUAACUCAUAACUCCACAUUUCCAAUAAUGUGAAUGGUUGUUUCUUCUGCAAGUGGAAAAAAGCGCCAAACAAACCUGAAAUAAUGCAGCCGCAUAUUAGCCUGAACAGUCGUAAAUUAACGAGAAAAAUAAAUAAACUUAUUUCAUUAUCGUUUUUAUUCUCCGUUUAAUUACAGUGAAACCGGAACCGGAAAUAUUGACGUUUAAAUUUCAUAUCGUGUGCAUGACAUCAUUUUAUGUUUGACGUUGCGUUAUUUUCUUAUAUUUACGUCAAUGUUGUCAUUGUUCAUUCAGGCUAUUGAACAAAUUCAUCACAUUUAUACAAUAUUAAUAUGUGUAUAUACGUAUGUAAUAAAAAUAUUAUUAGCCUUUGCAUCGAGAA